AUGGAAAAUCAGGCGCUUAAUGCAGCAUGGGGCGGCCGCACCCGCCUCGCCUGCGCCGGCAGGCUGGUGCUGGGCCCCGACCGGCGCACGCUCGCCGCCGCCGUGUGCUUCAUCGUCGUGCCGUACGCGGUCUUCCUGAGCCGGCAGGGCCCCGACCUCGGCGCGCGCCUGUCGUGGGCGCCGCAGGCGGUCGUCGCCGCGCUCGGCGCCGCCACCGUUCUGGUGCUCCUGCGCACCGCGACGUCAGACCCGGGCAUCAAAAUGCGCGUGCCGCACGGCAUGGCGCCGAGCGAGAUGCCCGUGGCGACCGUCAACGGGCGGGACGUGCAGCUGGUGUGGUGCCGCACGUGUCUGCGCGUGCGCGGCCCCCGCACGCACCACUGCGCGGUGUGCGACAACUGCGUGACGCGGUUCGACCACCACUGCCCCUGGGUCGGGACCUGCAUCGGCGCGCGGAACUACCGGACGUUCUUCCUGCUCAUUCACCUCGCGGCGCUGUCCGCGGGCGGAGUCGCGGCGCUGUGUGGCUUGCAGGUCUAUCUCGUGCACGACGACGAGGGCUACAGCGUCGGGGGGGUGUUGAAGCGGUGGCCUGACAGCGUCAUCAUAGGGAGCUGGUGCGCGCUGCUGACCGCCGCGCUCGGAUUCCUCUGCGGCUUCCACGUCUACCUCGUCUUCAAGAACAUCACGACGUACGAGUUCUACAAGGGCACCGGCAAGGAGGACCUCUUCGGCCAGGGCUGCGUCAAGAACAUUGCCGACGCGUGCUGCGUCCUGCCGCCGACGGAGCUGAAACGCGAGGCGCUGCAGGAGCUCGCGCAGGGCGGCAUCCCCCGCGGCCUGCUCGAGGAGAACCUGAAGUACGCCGGCGGCCUUGACACGGCGACCAAAGCUGCCGAGGGCGCGUCCAUGUAUCAGGGAACGGGGCUGCCCUCCCCGCACUCGCCGCAGCUCGGCAACCGCGUAGCACCUCUGCCGCAGUACGUGGACGACCCCUACGCGCCGUGA